AUGUCUACUGCUGAGCUCGCUUGCUCCUACGCGGCCCUCAUCCUCGCCGAUGACGGUGUCGAGGUGACCGCCGACAAGCUCCAGACCCUCAUCGGUGCCGCCAAGGUUCCCGAGAUUGAGCCCAUCUGGACCUCCAUCUUCGCCAAGGCUCUUGAGGGCAAGGACAUCAAGGACCUCCUGACCAACAUUGGCUCCGCUGGUCCCGCUGCUGCCGCCCCCGCCGCCGGUGGUGCCGCCGCUGCCCCCGCUGAGGCUGCUGAGGAGAAGAAGGAGGAGGAGAAGGAGGAGUCCGACGAGGACAUGGGCUUCGGUCUCUUCGACUAA